GUAACCAUCGUGUUUUCCCCUCCGUUUUGUUUCCGUGUUUAACCCAGUGUUUUUUGUUUCCGUUUUGUUUCCCCAUGGACCCCCUCCUUCGCCCGGAAUAUCUCCUCCUCCUGCUGGAGCAGGGGGAGAGAUCGCUCGAGGGCCACACCAAACUGUUUCUGGUCCUCGCAAGCCUCACCACCUACCCGGAUGACGCGCUCUGUGCGUUCUACGACGCGAGUUUGAACAUCGCGUACAGAGCGCCGUCAUCCGAGGACGGCCUUCGAGCGAACUUUACCGCCUUUGUGGAGUGGACACUGGUGAGAAACCGAUCUCUGUUCCCCGCCUGUUCCCAGGAGAAUCUCGCCAGUGCCACUCUCGACCCAGUGCCCAGCCCACCAUCUCCCCGCUGCGCGGAGCGCAUGCCUGAGCCCACCGGUGACGGAGAGCCAUCGCCCGCCGCGACCGACGAGCCACGGAGCGACAGAGCUGAGGUUCGCACGGAGCCAGAGCUGCAAAUGACGUCAGUCAAGGUGCGUGAGCCGGCUACAGCGCCCGCCUUGAGGGAGAGCGCCACGGACUGUGUGAGCACGGAGAGGAGCUCCGCCCCCUGCACCGCGGCUGAGGGUGAGCUGAGUAUGGCGUGUGGAUUGUGCCACCGUGAGGGUCGGAAGGCUCCUGUGCCUGCUCUCCGUAAGCGUCCUCCAGAGAGCCCCCCAGUGCCUGCGCCACGAAGGUGCCUUCCUUGCUCCGCGCUUCCAGAGCGCCCCCCCAGUGCCUGCGCCGCGAAGGCGCUCACAAGAGUCCGCGCCUCCAGAGCGCCCUCCAGUGGUGGCUCCUUGUCCUGAAGUCUGCCCUGGAAGUCUGGAGGCUUUCAUAUGCCCACUCCUGCCUCCUCCACCGCUGUCGUAUGGCAGCCCCUCUGCUCGCCCUCAGCCCACCAUCUGUGCGGUGCGAGCUUGGCGGGACUACCAUCCUCCAGCGUUGCCGUGGUCAGAGUUUCCCUCGACUCCGCCUCCAGCCUCCGAGGCGUUGACCCGUCGGCUCCACCAUGGCUCCUAGCUCCCUCCUCUCCGCCGUGGCCCGGUAGUCCACUAGCUCCGCCGGGCUCCCUCGUCCUUCCGGCUCCACCUUGGUCUGGCGUCGACCAUCCUGCACCUCGGGACUCCACUCCUCUGGCUUCGCCUCGUCCCUUCGUCCCUCUGGCUCCGUCAGGCUCCUUCAUCCCCUCGGCUCCUCCUCUCUCCUCUGUCGCUCCGGCUCCACCGCGGCCUCCCGUAUCCACGUCCUCCGCCUUUGUUCCCACCCGUUCCCCCCCCCCCCUCUCUGUUGUUCUACGGUGCGAGGACGCACCUUCCGGGAGGGGGGAGUGAUGUCACACCCCUGGACUGUUUUGUUGUGUUUUUGCUCCCCGUGUGUGCCCUGUGACCCAGUUUAUGUCUCCCUUUGAUUGUUUAAUUUGAUUCCAGGUGUGUCUCCUUAGUUCCUUGAUUGUCCUGUCCUUUUAAGCCCUAGUCUGUUCAGUUUGUGUUUGUCGGGUCUACCAGUUACGUUCGUGUGUCUUCCCUUGUUCCAUGUGUGGAUAUACCCUGUGUAUUGGAAAUAAAGUCAACUCCGUUUAUCCACGGCUCCGUGUUCCUUUCCGGCAGCGACCGUGACAGUCACUGCUUUUAUUGCUCAUGUACUGAGACUGUUUUUUAAUUGCGUUUGUAUAGGAACAGAAUUCAGAGAUACAGUGUGUGAUGUCUGUCCUGGCGGUUCAUAUUCAGAUGGUACAUUCUGCAAAUUGCAUACAAACUGUGAAUCUCUUGGCACAAUAACAAUCAAGGAAGGAACCAAUACGGCUGAUGCUGAGUGCAGUAAUAGAGCACCUUCUUAUUUACUGACACUGAUUCUGUGUGUGUGUGGAGUGUGUUGGUUGUUUAUUGUCAUAAUUGUAAUUAUUGUAAAGAAAAAAUAUAUGCGAAAUAGUGGAUUAAAUCUAGUUACAACCCAAGAUGUGGACCUGUAAACUUUUUUAAUCAUGUAAUUUUUUUAUUUUUUAUAUAUAUGGUAAGUUGCAUAGAUCCCCCAACAGAUCUUUUAAAGAAGAUUCAGUCAUGUUUAGUGGACAUUUUUUGGGACAAGCUGCACUGGUUACCAAAAAGUGUAUUGAACCUUCCUAAAGGAGGAGGACUUGGACCGGUGCAUCUACAAAGUCGAACAGCUGCUUUCAGAAUUCAGUUCAUAC